AUGAGCUAUGAUGCUCGGACCUUGGUAACCUUCAAGGUCUUCAGCAAUCUGGCUGGCACUGUUUGGACGAAAGCAUCCCUGUGGAAAAUGAUGGGGACUCUUCUCCUGAUUGCCUUGACUGUGGCGGCCUGUAUCGCCGUGAUGGUGAAGGAUCCUGCCAAGCUCAAUGUGGCGAGGUUCCAGCGCAUCAGCAGUUUCUUGGAAGUUGUCGUGGGCCUGCUUCUCGGUUUCUUCCUGUCCAGUUCUAUGCAAAGGUGGUACAGCUGCACGAAUGGUUUCUUGGAACUCUUUGAUGCCAUCCGCGGCUUGCACAUGCAGUUGAAUGCGAUGGGUGUAUCUAAGGAGAAGGUCCAGCUUUGCUUGCGCUACUGUGUGGUGUCUGCGCAUUGCUUGAAUCAUGAUCUCACGGCCUCGCCUAUGACACCUGAAGAUGCUGCGGAGUACCUUGCAAGCUGCUGGGCAGAUUUGACGGUGGAGAAAGAGGCUGAAACUCGGAGUGCACAUGUUGUGAUCCAUCAAUGGGUUCGCUCACUGAGAGACAUCGCAUGGGAGGACAAAUCAACGAGCAUGGCUCGACUUCUGCCUGGCGAGACCGACGUCCUCAAAAACAUUGUUGAUCCAGCACAGACACUUUGGGUGUGGAUCACUUCACUUCUUACGAGAAUGUCGGCAGAUGGUGAGAUUCCACCCAUGCCAACUCCCACCUACGGCCGAAUCAUCAGCAUGGCUGAGCAAGCCUAUGUUGGAAUUCGUGCAGUUCGAGCAUCCAUCCGCGUCCAGCCUCCUUAUGUUCAUGUGCAAAUGAUGGCAGCUUUGGUGAACAAUAUUGUAAAUGCGAUCAGUAUUGGCCUGACUUCCGGCGUCACCCUAAGCUUGGUCUUGGCACGGGCUGAAGUGGGCUUUUUCAAAAGCAAGGUGCAAUCAGAGGAUCUUUCUCAUGGACUUCAGGACUUGGCCGUGGGCAUGAUCUUGUGCAGUGUUGGGCCAUUCCUGUACCAGGCGCUCCUGGAAGUAGCAGUGUGCAUCGCACAGCCCUUCGCCAUUGCGGGGAAAGGUGUUGCCCCCGGGCGCAUCCCCACGGAGAAGUUGCUGCAGCAUCUGGAGAAGGAUCUCAAAGACAUCGAGUUCAUGAGCACUAACUUGCCAUGGUGGAACCAAGCGUACUUCAAGAACAAAUGA